AUGUCAAGGACAGCAACUCCUGCCUUGCCGCUGCACAAUGCACCCACUUCCACGACACCAUUAGGGGCCAGACCCGAUGCGCCUUCACCGACUUCGACCUCAACCUACUCAUGGCUUGAGCCCCACGAGACUGCCGAAAGACUGCAUACCUCCCUCCACCAUGGCCUCACUCCGUCCGAGGCAGAGAUUCGCCUUGCUCGUGAUGGCCCGAAUGAGCUUCCCCACGAGGAGCCUGAGCCGCUGUGGCUGCGAUUUGUCAAACAGUUCAAAGAAACCCUCAUUCUUCUUCUUCUUGCCUCGGCCGCAAUUUCUUUUAUAAUGGGAAAUUACGACGAUGCAGUGAGCAUCACCUUGGCGGUCACUAUCGUAGUGUCAGUCGGGUUUGUUCAAGAAUACCGAUCGGAGAAAUCUCUCGAGGCGUUGAAUCGCCUCGUCCCUUAUUACGCCCAUCUAAUUCGCGACAUCGCCUCUUCAGGAUCCGCGGCGCCCGAACCAUCUGCUGCUGGCCUGGAGCUGGAUGACCUCAAGGGCAAGACCGCGGGAGCCGCAUCGGCCGCGAUCAAGGCUUCAACGACUGUUCCCGCCGUUGAUCUGGUGCCUGGUGAUCUUGUUCUCUUUACCACUGGCGAUCGCAUUCCUGCUGACAUUCGAAUUACCGCUGCAACGGACCUAUCUAUAGACGAGUCAAACUUGACUGGCGAGAAUGAGCCUGUCGUGAAGUUUUCUGCCGCUCUUCAUAAGUCUCAUCAUGGCUCACUCAAGGUCCCCAGAAACAUCAGUCCUCCACGCUCGCCAUUCUACGAUGCACCCGCUACUGGUGCUGUUGGUGCCGAUAUCCGACUGAACGAACAGCACAACAUUGCCUUCAUGGGGACACUCGUUCGCUCAGGGUAUGGCCAGGGUAUAGUGAUCGCCACAGGCGCCAAGACGGAAUUUGGAAGCAUCUCAGCGUCUCUACAAGAGAUUGAAAGCCCUCGGACUCCACUUCAGCUGUCCAUGGAUCGACUUGGUCAAGAGCUCAGCUACAUCUCUUUCGGUGUGAUUGGUCUCAUCGUUGUCAUCGGCUUGAUUCAGGGUCGCAAGCUUCUGGAGAUGUUCACCAUUGGUGUCUCCCUUGCUGUUGCAGCCAUCCCAGAGGGUCUCCCUAUCAUUGUAACCGUGACUCUUGCGCUUGGAGUUUUGCGCAUGGCUAAACGAGGAGCAAUCAUGCGUCGACUCCCAAGUGUUGAGACGCUUGGCUCUGUGAACGUCGUCUGCAGUGACAAGACUGGCACUCUGACGAUGAAUCAUAUGACUGUGACCAAGAUGUGGAAUUUCGACUGCGAGGAGCCGUUCGAUGUGCAUCGCGACAUGAUUACAUCCGUGACUCCUGGGCCCGCAGCGCGAACCAUCCUUCGUGUAGGAAACAUCGCGAACAACGCUCGUCUCUCUCGAACACACGCCAAUUCUCCAGCAAGCGCUUCCUCUGCGGCUGUUCUGUCAUCCACCGUUGACAGAAAUGCAACAGCCAUCAAGAGUCGAUGGGUCGGACAACCAACUGAUGUCGCCAUGUUGGACUUGUUGGAAGUAUUGGGCGAGGACGAUGUCAGAGACCGAAUUCACUCCCGUGUAUCCGAAACACCGUUCAGCUCUGAACGCAAAUGGAUGGGCGUCAUCAUCGGCACCAAUCACCCUGGUGAUUCCGAUAUGGCUUACGUCAAGGGAGCACUGGAGCAGGUUUUGGCUCGGUCAGACACCUACUUGACCAAGGAUGGUCGAGAGGUGAUCCUUGACGAGCCCCGUCGCAAAGUCAUUCGUGAUGCCGCGGAGCACAUGGCUAGUGAGGGUCUUCGGGUACUCGCCUUCGCCAGCGGUGCUGUUCGCAAUUCCUCUCGCGGUAUGCGAGGGUUCGGCAGCAGAUCAAGCACCCCGGGCUCCAAAUGCAGCAGCCCGGCUGAUGACGAUGACCGGUAUAAUGGCCUGACUUUUGCGGGCCUUGUCGGUAUGAACGAUCCACCCAGAAAGGAUGUACACAAGUCUAUUCGGCGGCUUAUGGCAGGUGGUGUCCGUGUCAUCAUGAUUACUGGUGACGCUGAGACCACUGCCGUCGCUAUUGCUAAGAAGCUUGGAAUGCCGAUUAGUGAUUCCCCUACUGCGCGACCCGUUCUGCGUGGAGACGAGAUUGAUCACAUGAGUACUGGAGAGCUUGCCCAAGCUAUUGCUACCACGUCCAUCUUCGCUCGAACGAGCCCAGAUCAUAAGAUGAAGAUUGUGCGUGCACUGCAGUCCCGAGGUGACGUUGUUGCCAUGACUGGAGACGGUGUUAAUGAUGCGCCUGCGCUGAAGAAGGCCGACAUUGGCAUUUCCAUGGGCAAACUGGGUACUGAUGUCGCCAAAGAAGCCGCUGACAUGAUCUUGACUGACGACGAUUUUUCGACAAUUCUUCGGGCAAUCGAGCAGGGCAAGGGCAUCUUCUAUAAUAUCCAAAACUUUAUCACCUUCCAGCUAAGCACCAGCGUGGCUGCUCUGAGUCUCGUAUUGCUGAGCACCACUCUUGGCUUCAAGAACCCACUCAAUGCCAUGCAAAUCCUGUGGAUUAAUAUCCUCAUGGACGGUCCACCAGCUCAAUCUCUAGGGGUUGAGCCUGUUGACCCCUCGAUCAUGUCACGUCCACCACGUCCCAAGCACGCCCGUGUUCUGACACGGCCUUUGAUCCAGCGCGUUCUGACAUCUGCCAUGGUCAUCAUGAUUGGAACGCUAGCCAUUUACAUUCACGAGAUGGGUGAUGUGGAUGACGGGCAGCCGCUAGGCAAACGUUCGAGAGUCGUGACCGCUCACGACACGACCAUGACGUUUACUUGUUUCGUCCUCUUCGACAUGUUCAACGCGCUGACAUGCCGCAGCGAAAGCAAGUCGGUGCUCCGGGGUGAGCUCUCUCUGUUUGGUAACAAGAUGUUCAAUUACGCCGUGUUUGGGUCGCUCGCUGGUCAGGCCUGCGUCAUCUAUCUGCCCUUCCUCCAACGGGUAUUCCAGACGGAAGCGCUCGGACUUGGCUCUCUAUUCAAGCUGGUGUGUCUCGCGAGCUCGGUAUUCUGGGUGGACGAGGCCCGCAAGUACCUGCAUGCCGUUCGCCGCCGCGGGGGCUUGGGAGCUGGCUACAGCGUCAAUGUAUAA